AUGGCGUUUGUCACCAAGAUUGAUUCCAGAAAAUAUGAGAAGGAGCUGAAGGGAGCGUUCCUAGAGCUGCUGACGGACAACAGCUUGAAGAGCGAGGGCUUUACUCAGCUCACGCUCUCCUUGCAACAGAAUCCCGAGUUGGAGAUGGGCUUCAACCCACCGUCACGGGUGGAAGAGAAGGCGCCCGAGAUAGAUCUCAGAACAUUGGAGAAGGGGACAUCGUAUCUUCAGGCUGCCACCUUGUUCAAGCUGUGCAAAGAUCUGGACAGCAGAGAUAUCAUGCCUGCGAUCUUCUUCAACUUCUCCAGGAAAGAAAUCGAGCGAAUGCUGAAGAAGUUGGUGGAUGAGUUGGAAAAGCGACAGUACGACAAGUACUUUGGAGACGAAGAUGCCAAGUACCGCACCAAGAAGCUGAACGAACGGAGAAGAGCGGAGUAUGAACAAAAAAAGAAGGCUUUCGAGGAGGCGCAGAAGAUGAAAGCCAGUGCGAAGCAAGAAUCGAAAGCGGCCCGCGCGUCCGGAGAGAACGAAGGCCGUGGUGGAAACAAGUCCGAAGCGGCCGACACCUCUGCAGACUUGAUGAUGGUGGAGCCAGUCGAGCCCAUGGAUAUUGCGGAUGAGAUUGACGACGAGGCGACCCAGCUUUUGUGA